AUGGAUGAUACAAGCAAGAAAGGAGGCAAGAAGAAGGGUGGUUCCAUGCAGACUGUAUUUUCCCAGUUCAGGGAGAACUUGGGCAAGCUGAUGACCAACUUGAGGAGCACUCAUCCUCACUUUGUGCGCUGCCUGAUCCCCAACGAGUCAAAGACUCCAGGUCUGAUGGAGAACUUCCUGGUUAUCCACCAGCUCAGGUGUAACGGUGUACUGGAGGGUAUCAGGAUCUGCAGGAAGGGCUUCCCCAGCAGAAUCAUCUACGCUGACUUCAAGCAGAGGUUGUUGCUGGAAAUGAGAAUGUGUUCUCAGUCAACUUACCUGGUGAAAAAUGUAUCCUAUAUCGGCAUGGUCCAGGCUCUCAGCCGUGGAUUCCUCAUGAGGAGAGAGUUCACCAAGAUGAUGGAGAGGAGAGAUGCCGUCUACUCCAUCCAGUACAACAUCCGCUCAUUCAUGAAUGUAAAAACCUGGCCAUGGAUGAAGGUGUACUUCAAGAUCAAGCCCCUACUGAAGAGUGCUGAGACUGAGAAGGAAAUGGCCAACAUGAAGGAGAACUAUGAGAAGAUGCAGACAGACCUGGCCAAGGCUCUGGCCAAGAAGAAGGAGUUGGAGGAGAAGAUGGUGACCCUGCUGCAGGAGAAGAAUGACCUGGCACUCCAAAACGCAUCUGAAGGACUUUGAGACCACCUAGCUCCU